AUGGUUAAACGUCCGCGGCCGCUGAUCGAGUACUGGCCGGGGCCACCACGCCUUAACAUCUUGACUGCUGACCCCGAGCGAGCCACGCCGGGGUACAUUUUCGUCUCGCCAUCUUUCACUAGUCCAUACCGACCAGACUCUGGUCCAUACAUCUUCGAUACCAAUGGUGAUUUGGUAUGGUCCGGCAUCAUCGCCGCGGGAGGCGCGGGUACCACAGAUGUCCAUGGCCUCUAUGUAUGCCAGUACCGCAAUGAACCACACCUCUGCUUUUGGCGGGGCCAGCAGCGAGGCACCCACGGUGGCGGUAUGGGCGUGAUCAUGGACUCGUCGUACAACAUCGUGCGCACUGUGUCUUCUAUUAAUCAAUCCGGCGUCGACUUCCACGAGUUCCUCCUGACGGCCGACAACACAGCAUUGAUCACCACAUAUCCACCAAAAUUCAUCGACGCUGUUUGGACACUAGACUCUUGCUUUGAAGACAUCCCACUCUAUACUGACGACGGACGGGUCCCCUUCGAGUGGUGUGCGUCUGAACACUUGGACCUAAAUGAGAACCCCAGCCGCGAGCAGUUUGCUGCAGCACAGAAAGGCCAGACUCCGGACAGAGCAUGGGACCCUGUCCAUCUCAACAGCGUGGACAAGACCCCAGCAGGCGACUAUCUAGUCUCAGCCCGCCACCUCGACUCCAUCAUGCUCGUGUCGCACCUCGACGGUAGCAUCAUGUGGCGUCUUGGCGGGACCAAGUCGUCGUUCAAACUCGAAGGCUUCAACUUUACCCGACAACACGAUGCUCGCUUCUUAUCCUACAUCGAUGGCUCAAACAUGAUCAUAUCACUAUUCAAUAACGCCAACGACGGCACAGAUCUGAAGGGCAACCCGUCAAGGGCCUUGGUCUUGGAGCUCGAUAUGCAGAACAUGUCAGCCAAGCAGAUAUCAGAAUACGGCCGUGUUCCCGCAGGAGCAGCCGGCUUCAACGGCACAGAGCUGGACACCAGGCGUUACAUCGACUCCAACGGCAUGGGAAACGUCCAGCUCCUCCCCAGCGGCCACAUCCUCGCCCACUUCGGCCGCCACGGUGCCAUCGCAGAGUACCCGCCUGAAGGUGAUAGCGACCCUGUCUUCUUCGCCAACCUGCUCCCGGCACAGCAGACGCCCGACCCACCAUCUGAGGCUCUAUCAUGGACCGCAAACAACUACCGGGCCUUCCUCCUCCCCCAUAUAAACACCACCAAUGUCACCACCACCUCCACCGACAGCAACACAACCGUCCCGACGGUACUACAAUGGGAAGGCAAGCCCACUACCCGCCCGGACCUCUGGGCCUACGCCCGCACCACAAGCACCCUGAUGACGCUGUACGCAUCCUGGAACGGCGACACGCGCACCGCGACCUACCGCUUCCACGUGUCCAAACUCGAAUCAGAAGUCGCCCGCCUGCACGACCCGCUCCGCCCGCCCCCGGACGAGGACUUCCAGUGGGCGGGCGACUGGCCGCGGACCGGGUUCGAGACCAACAUGACCAUCGGCGGGGCGCGGCCCUGGGCGUUCGCAGAGGCCCUUGAUGCCGAGGGCAGGUCGCUUGCGAACAGUUCCAAAGUUAGGACAUAUUUCCCGGCCAAGCAGGACUGGAAGACCUGUGGGCGGUGGCAGUGUUUCCCUGAGAUCCAUGCGGAUUCGGAUGUGCUUCCACUUGUGGAUGGGCUUGGUGGAAGUGAUAGGGCUCCUGUUGGUGCAUCUGUUUGCGCUGCUUGGGCUGGGCCUUUGUGCCUGGUUGAUCUGGAGCCGGCUAGCCUGUGGUGGAAGGGGAUGGAUGGCUUCUUCGAGAGGAUACAGGCGUGUUGGGAAGGAUGA